AUGGCGCUGCCUGACACCUCUGAACUUCCUUGUAUGCACCAUGAUGAUUUUGUUAUGGGUGGAGAGAAAGAGAGAGAGAAGAGUGAGUGGGAAGUACAGAAGGAACAUGAUGGCUAUAAAGGGGAGAGGAAAGCAAGAAGAGGCAGGAAGAUAAAGGAGACAAUUGAGGAGAAUGGGAAGACUGCUUUAGAAAGAGGUACAACAAUCCCUGAUGCUGUAAAACAAACAAUGCAUCCUCCUACAAAAGUUGUCUACAAGGAAUAUCCUGACUCCAACUUUGUCAACUUGAAUCCAGCUCUAGCUGAGCCAGGUCCAAGCACCAUUACCAAUGUUCUCAUCACUGGCCGUCCAGUAGUGAUUCAGCCGUAUCUAUUAAAAUUAGACGCACAUGAAGGCCUUUGA